AAAAACAACAUGGCGGCAGCUGUUGAGGGAACUCCUCGAAGAGUUCGCGCCUUGUUGUCGAGCUUUCUUCACUCAUCGGACGAAGAGGAAAAAACGAGAACUCUUGAACAAGACAAUUCCUCUUUGGACUCAGUUUGUAGAAGUCAACCAAGAAGUAAAGAAGCAUUUUGGAAUCGCGUGGAAACCUUCUCUCCAUUUACGUGGUUUGCCAAACCACUUGCACUUUCACCUCUCCACUGCGCACAAUAUGGCUGGGAGAACAGUGAAGUCGAUAUCCUACAGUGUGCCAGCUGCAGGGCAUGUCUUGAUGCUACUAUAUCCACCACAUGGGAUUCUGAAAUAUAUGCCAAGACCUGUGAGCAGCUACGAGAAGCACUCGUCAGUGGUCAUUCUAAACUGUGCCCCUGGCCGGAUAAUCCAUGUCCUGAGUCAUUUGUAAAGUUGCCAUUAUACAGCUAUUCACAAUGGCUUGAAGACUACAGAGCAAGAUGGAAAUCCAUUAUCACCCUCACUGACGAGAUCCCUCUUGUAGACGAGCAGGCUGUUAAGGACAUGGAUUGUCUAACGCCGGGUCACAUCGAAGGACUUCAGAAUUUAGUCGACCCUGGAUGCAUCAGCUGGACAAGGAAUGAACUGGAUUUAGAACAAGCCUCUAAAGCGUCGUGUAUUAUAGCACUCUGUGGUUGGAGGGGCAGCAUCACAAGUGAUCCAGAUGUGAAUACCAUCUCGUGUUCUCUGUGUCGUCGAGAGCUAGGUGUGUGGAAUUUCUUUCCAUUGACGCACGUCGCGACAGAACAAGAUGAUGCUCCGUCAUAUCUUGACACCGGGCAACUGUUUGAAGAGGAAAGGAGUUUCAGAAACAUCACAGACCAGGAAGAGUCAGGCAGCAGAGAGAUUAGUGGAGAAGGCGACGAUCAGCGGACACGGUUGGCGGGUGGUGAAGGGUGUGGCACGGAGGGGGACAAAGGCGACCCCCCAGAACCCAUGGAAGAGGGUGGUAGUUUCGAAAAAGGUGGCAAAUCCUCAACAGAAGAUUCCACAAUAGAGAGACUUUGUGAAUCAACAGAGACUUCAAAUACAUUGACUGUUAAAUCGAUAUCGGAGCCAAUGGGGCUCAAGUCUCCACUGCAUCGAUCGUUGUCUAACUUGCCUGGUGAAGAAGCAACUGAAUCCCUCUGUGUGGAGGUGGAAAAUGAAAGUCUCACAGAGAGACUCCAGGAUGUGGAAUCUGAGCUGGAGUUUCUGGGGUACGGCCGGCAGGGUGUUACUGUUGGCAACGACGGCCGGCCUAGAGCGAAAAAGAGGAGACUGCAGGAGAUCGAAAGGAACACUUUUCACGUGUUAUCAGAGCACCGCACGUGGUGUCCGUGGGUAGUGACUAUGCGGGGUAGUGACGGUAAUACUACGCCACCGGGGUGGAAGGUUCUUUUGGGAACACUUCUUCCUUCAUUGAGUCCAUCGGCAACACACUUCAUUCAUGAGACUCCUCCGCAAGACGCGUGGAAAACAGUCAGAAAGUUACUCGGCGAGUGCUACUCCCCUGCAAAACAAACUUGAGGUCAAGAAGGACAGCCCGUGAAAGAAAGAGAAUAUUAAUUAUGGGGAGAAGAAGAAACAAUAGUUCAUGGUUCAGAGAUUCCCGGAUGUCACGUUGUUCGUGAUUUAGCUUCAACUCAUGUUGUAUAAAAACCAUGUUCGAGUAGCUACUUCUGCUCUUUUAACAAUACUGCACAGUCAAUGGAAAAUAUUGACAUUCAGUCCUUUGCGUUACAGCAUAUUUAAAGGAUUACUGUUUAGAUUGAAAGGCUGUUAUUUAAAGGCCCAACGAAACGCACGCAAAAUUUCAAAGCAACAUGUUGCAACUUUGUUGGAACGUGUUGCAAGAUGUUUUUAAAAAGCUGGCCAAACGUGCGCAACAUCUUUCAACAUCCAAAAAUGUUGCAAGAAAAAUUUUAAUACUUUCAAACUUGAUCCAACAUGGCCAAACGUGUGCAACACGUUGCGCGUAACAAUGUUGCCAGAUGUUGCGUUGAAUUGUUGCCUGCGUUUUUUCCGGGCCUUUCAGAUAUCUUAAAAUGAAUGUUAACACUAUUGUGUAACAUGGAUGGCGUGAUCAAUUGAUAGCGAAAGUCGUCACGCAAUUGUGAGGAGGAAAGUAUCAUCGAGAAAUUUUUCAACGUAAUCAGUGUGACAGACCCUAAGGAUGAAGCCACUGUGUGCGUUACAGGCUGAUUUGGAUUAUAGAGGACCAAAUGAUGUGGCAAUGAACAUAAUUUGAGUGUCAGUUUUAUUGUUUUAGUGUAGAACAUUGUAAGAACAGACCAUGCUGUUGGGAUCUCAUGAUCAUUUGUAAACAUCUCCUGUAAGUUAUUUUACAAAUGCUGAAAAGUUAGAGGUUAUUGAUGUCUUUUUCUGUGCUUAUAGAGCGCUUUCCGAGUGAGUGUCGUUAAACCAAAACCAAAGUAAUUAGCGCGGCCAAUCAGACGAAAGGAAAAUAUUCCGAAGAGCCAAUGAGAACUCAAAGUAAAAACAAGCAAACUGCUAAAGGGCGGGAAAACGCGGCCGACCAACUCGUGAUUGGUGAUAGUCUUGCUUUUGAUUGGUUGACAGAGUGGUGCGAGUUUUCUGAACAAUCACGGAUCGAACUAAGAAGAAAAACUAAUGAAAUCGCAAAUUACUUCAGACACUAUUGAAAAUACCUGUAAUUUCGGUCAGCUUUAGGUACCCGAUUACAAGUAAGUUUAUGAUAACUCUCUUCCCUGGCCGAAGGAAAGACAGAUAGAUAAAUGAUCGGACGGCGCAUGGGCGGAAGGAAGGACUUGCGCGCGUAUAGUUGUACAGACGGAGAGACAGACGGACGAAAGAAAAGUGAUUUUUCCUUUUGACAGCGUUAUCCGUCCUUUGAACAACUGGGCCCAGCACUGCAUUGCUUUCUUAACAGUGGUCAUGACAGAUAAUGGUUUGAGACCAGAAUUUUACCUCGGGACUGAGAUUUGGUGCCCUACGCUUAUGCAGCAUUUUCGUUUCAUUAUUCUUGACGUACGGACAAUGAGGGUUUUAAAAAAGGAAACGAAACUUAGCAAAAUUUAAA